AUGGAGGCUUUAGACGGGCCGUUGUUGCUUCGUGUGGCGGAAGCUACCGGCGAGGCUGUUACCUCCAUCGCGAAUAUCGCUUCCGUAUCCCGCGCCUUCGCCCGUGUCGCCCGCUCGGAGCUAUGGCCGCGUUACUGCCUCGCGCGCGCCGCGCUUGCGGAAGACGGCGAGGCGGCGGCGGUGGCCGCGGUGGCGGCGCGCCUGGUGCGCGAGGCAGGAAGCGCCGAUGCGCCGCGAAACGCGGCGAGCGUCCUGGCGCGCUGCAUGAGUGCGUGCCCGGGCGUGGUACCCGCGUGCUCCAACGCGCUGCGAGUGGAAGCCGAGCCGUGGAAUCGCUGGUCCGGGAAAUUCGCAAGGGAGUUCUGCAGCGAUACGGAGGAGGAAAGCGGCGCAGUCGGGGGAAGUGUGGGUGUGGGAGGCGGCAAGGUACAUGGAGAUACAUUGGAGGAGAGCGGCGUCAAUCCUCACGUCAGCGAUUCCUGUGCCCUCUCCUGCGCCCUCGCCACUCGGCUCUUUCUGGACGAAUGCUUCCUCCCCGCCCCUUUCUGCCCAUCGCCGCUCAUUUUGGGCGAGGUGGAAGAAGACGAAAAGCGGAAAGCUAGGGGGGAAGAUAAGGGGGAAGGGGACGAAAGGGGGAAAGCUAGGGAGGAAGUUAGGGACGAAGGAGCGCAGGAGGGCGCGGCUGUGUUGAUGGCAGCAGGGGACUGUGGGAAGGAUCACGAGGCAGAGGCUGAGGAUGAGGAGGAGGAGGAGGAGCGUUGUGAGGUGGUGCGGGGAGCUAUUGCUGGGUUCAGGCACUCACGCUUUCACAGCCUGCUGCAAGGCCAGGCGUUUGCUGCAAGUGCAUGCCCCUUCUGCCAUGACCAGUGCUCGGACUAUUCUGAUGAAGACAACGAUUAUGAUUGGGAUGACUGGGGUCGUUGGUCGGAUGAGGUUGAUGACUUGGAUGAUAGGAUGGACCGUCUAGGUUUGGUGCAGGAUGAGCGAUGGGCUUUUUGA